AUGAGAGAAGAUUCGGAGCCUUCUGACAGACCAAAGAGGGCCAAACACUCACGCUCGAAGCGUGGGUGCAGGGUCUGCCGAAUCCGCCGUAUCCGGUGUGAUUUGACCAAGCCAUCCUGCACCAGGUGUACCAGCACUGGUCGCAAAUGCGAGGGCUACCCAAUCGACAUCCACCCGGACGCAGAUGCCGCAGCUGGGGGUGGACGCACUCUACCCGCAGCAUCUGCUUUGGCUAAGGUCCUGGUGCCGCGUUCGCCCUCGGUGAAUCCUCAUAUUGACAGCAAUGAACACUCUCACUUGUCUUAUUUUCAGCACCAGACCGCCCACCAUUUCGGGGGCUAUCUUGAAGACCAAUUUUGGAGUCGAUUGGUUCUACAGCUUGGGACGUCGGACAAUUGCGUCCUCUAUGUCACGAUCGCUCUGGGCUCCCUGCAUCGGAAAUUUGAACAAGGAUGCCGCAGCCCGAAGCAAGCCGAGCACGGAGCAGUAGGGAACGACACAGGCUACCUGUACGCGAAGGCCGUCACUCUCCUGCAAGGCCACAUCGCCGAGCAAGGAUGGAGGAAACUGGAGGUCACUUUGGUCUGCUGCAUCCUCUGUACUGGCUUCGAGUGGCUGCGCGGUGACCCGAAAUCAGCCUCUGUCCAUCUGAGGGCUGGCCUUGAGAUCCUGCAGCAGUGGCAGACACAAACUGCGGGAGGCCCAUCUUACUGGUCCCCAGCCGGACACCUUAUCCGGAACAAGCUGGCCCCUUUCUACACAAGACUGGCCCUCCAGGCGGGCACCGUACCGGAUUGGUCCCUGCCGUGGAAUACCUUGCAGGCGACCAAUACCACCAUCGAGCCAUUUCAGAGCCUACAUCACGCCAGAGAUAGCCUCUGCAACCUCCUGGGCCAGGUUUACCUCAUACCAGAGAGGAGAGAGUUGCUCAGAAUGAGGACAUCCAAGUCAUUGAAGGAGCACAAAAAGUAUGAGACUCUACUUAGCCAGUGGGCUGAAUAUUUCCACGCAUACACUACUCGAGAAACGCUCACAGGUCAUGUCCAAGCCUCCGCCAUCGUUCUCUGGCUGCUGUACAUCGCUGCGACAGUCAUGCUCCCAAACAUGUAUCCGGACGCAGAGCCCGGCGACACGAAGGACGAAACAGACGCUUUUGGACGCAUGGUCAAUGUUGCUGAAAGACUCUUCAGUAUCUAUACCUCCCGCUUCUCGAUCGACUUAGGUUGGGUCGCCCCUCUCUACUACGUUGCAGCCAACUGCCGCCAACCUCAGAUUCGGGAAAAGGCGCUGAGAUUCCUUGCCUCGCAUCAGAGUUACGAGGGUUCUUGGAGUAGCCCGGAGGCCGUACUGCGAGCAAAGGGAUUGAUGUGA